GUUAAAGGCGCUGAUGGGAGGUGUGGUAGGACUGGUCCGAGGAUCUUUGAAAGCCAUCGUUGGUGAUGUACAGGGACAGGUUUCGUUUGAGAGGCCUAUAUCAAGGAGGACCACGGCAUUGUGAUUGCGAUUAUCACAAGGGCCCUCUCGGUAUAAGUCGAAUUCUCACUCCUGAAAAUUGCUUGCUAUCUUUCGUUGCAAUCUACAUAGUAUUAUUAUUAUUGCUUUGCCUCUUCAGCCAUGGCGGGUAAAGACACCCUGUAUUCUCAGGGUUUCAAUUUCGGUAGCUUCGUCCAAGAUGGUGUUGACCCUCGUACCGGACAGUUUACAUCCUCCAUUACGUUGUAUGAGACUCCGGCCGAGGUCCGUAACUGCACCUCGUUUAAGCUGGUUCUAAAGUUCAGCCCUUCAAACGCUGAGGAUAUUGGCUUCGGCAAGGGGUGGUCGCUCAACCUUUCCCAAUAUCAUCAUUCCAGUCCUCGCAAUCUCGUCCUCUCUACAGGCGAGCACUACCAAGUCGUUGCGGAUGGUGGCGAUCUCAGCGUCGUAGAUCUGAAGCUUCAAAAGUUCACCUUCAAGAAGAAGGACUCUGACUUUCAAAUCGCCCACAAAGACGGCCGGGUAGAGAUCCUGUCUAAUCAUGACAACACCUGGGAUUUCAGCGUACCUACCAGGCUAUAUGCCCCAAAUGGUCGUCAGCUGGAGCUGGAUUGGACUGCCGUUAAAGGGCAACCGAGACUGCGAAAGAUAUUGGAAGGCUCAGAACAACUUUUGGUGAUUAAUUACGAAGAUCCAAACGUUGAAAUAGUGCGUGCCCCGACAUCCGCCGAACCUGCCACUUUUACAGCCUUGGUAAAGGGCGGCAAGCUGGCGGAAUUUUGGCUGCCGUUGAAGGAUAAGCCUAGGCCCAAGUGGGUGUUUGACUAUGAGACCUAUGGCAAAAACACCUGUCUCUCCACCAUCACAAGCCCUACUGGCCUCGUUGAGACGGUUAGAUACAAGUCGGAUGGCCAUAAAGUGCCAAAGGGGGGUCCCUCAGCGGCCGUUCCGUACGUCAUCCAACACAUAGCAGAGCCGGGUAACCAGCAACCCGCGAUCCGAACACUCUACAGCUACUCGACCACCAACUUCCUAGGUUACGGUGGCAUAGACAGUUGGAAGAGUGGCCAAGACAACUUAUACCGUGUAAGAGACGAUUAUACAUACAAUGCCACUGUGUCCGCCGACGGCGGCAAAGAGACCACAUAUACCUACAAUAAAUUCCAUCUACUCGUCAAGUCACAACAAGUAAAGGACAAUAAGCAAAUCACACAAUCUAUUACCUACCACGCAAAAGAGAAUGUGGCUUUUGAGCACCAGCCCCCUCAGUUCCAGCUACCGAAGAUUGUUGUGACCAAUUAUCGUAAUCUCUCGGACCAGAAGCUAUCUCGAGAUGAGCAGACUCAACACGCCUUUGACGAAUGGGGAAACCCGACCAUGGAUAUCCAGACAAAUGGCGUCCGGACGGAUCGUGUCUACUACCCACCCAAAGGCGAGCCUGGUAGCUGCCCAGCCGAUCCACAUCUCUUCCAGCGGUAUCUGAAAGAGCAGACUGUUACGCCAGCUAAGAAGCCUGAUCCGGCUCCAGUGAGAAGCACUCGUCACACAUAUCACGAGAUGCCUACUGCAUCCGGGGCACCGGCAGCCUCGUUUGUCGUCAUUAAAAAAUCAACCAUUUUCCAAGACAACAAAGCCAUCAGCAGCAUCGAACGGGAUUAUGUUUCCAAACCCGCAGAGAGGGACCAUGGUCGUCUCCAGCAGAAGAUGACGACAAUGAUGGUAUCCGGAAACCAGGCCACGGUGCAGAGCUGGACCCACCGAUACACAGCCGAAAAGACUCUGGCUAUAACCGUGAAAGAACAGGGCUUUGACGGCUGCCAGAUGGAAGAGGAAAGAAGCUACUCUUUGGAUCAUGGGUUGGUGAUUACCCAGGUUGACUCGGCGGGGACCCAAACCAGCUUUAAAUAUGAUGAACUCGGCCGCAUUAAACGUACGACCGUCUCUCCAGAGACCUCUCACGAGGCGACACAGACAGUCGAAUAUACUAUACCAUCCGAGACGGCCGGAUACAUUAAAACGGUGGCGGACGUGAAGCAAGUAAAGACUCGAUACAUCUUCGACGGCUUACAGAGGCUCUGCCGAAUAGAGAGGCAGGAUGACGACGGCGACUGGGAUACAAGUGGCGCCUACAAAGGCACUUUUCGCACAUUGCAACAGAAGAGUUACGAUGCGCUCGGCCAGUGUAGCCAGAUGGUAGAGAUCGACUGGAUGAGAGCUCCAAAUGGUCCCAAGAAGCAGUCAACCACUUAUCGUUAUGAAUAUGACGGUUGGGGGCAAAUAUGCAAAAUAUCUGAGAGCGACGGUGUUGUCACUUUGGCUAACACAGAUCCCAUCUCUCAGACACAAACAGAGAGUAUUGAAGGUCUGGGAAAGAAGAGAACCCGCGCGGAGCCUGGGGAUGUUAUAGUCCAGGCGUCAUUACUCAAGAAGGACAAUACCCUCUAUACCAGCGUCGACUACACCAACGACGGUCUGGGUCGGAGAGUCCAAGAGAAGAAUGGCAAAGACUACGUGACACAAUUUUCGUAUGAUUGGUUUGACCGCGUAAGCAAAACAAUUUGGCCAGAUGGAAGUAUCGCAACGACGCAAUAUGCGGAUCAUAGCACAGACCCUCUGCCUGUGUCGAUCCAGGUCCAAGAUACCAUCACGGCCAAGCAGUCCUAUGACGGGCUCAGUCGCGUGAAGACAAAACACUCUGGAGGACGCAUCACCGGUUUUUCGUAUAAAGGAAGCUCGCCGAAACCUUUUAGCAUGACGAUGCCGAAGAAAACUGAGGCCACCAUGGCCUACGAUGAUGCUUUAGGCUACGCGCUCAAGGACAGAACCAUGCCCGAUGAUCAGCAAACCUUUGAUUAUAACAAAAAAACGGGUGAAUUGAUACAAAGCAAAAAUUCAUAUUGCACCGAGAGCCUGAAGUAUCUGCCAUCAGGCCUGCUAAAGUCUGAAGACAUUCGUUUCGGCCAGGGGAAAGUUCUGUCAACACUACAUACAUAUUCUAUGAACGGUAGACUUCAGAAUUAUUCCAACGCGCAUAGUCAAACGCAAGAACUUAAAUAUGAUGAGCAUGGCCGACUCAAACAGUUAUUGCAAGGUCCGGUCACAGUUACACUCGACUACGACAACGCAAGUCGCCUAUGGAAAAGCAGCGUUCAUGACAGUCAAAAGGGCUCGACUCUUGGAACAGAAAUUGUUUUCGAUGACUUUAGUCGCGAGCGCGAGCGCACUCUGAUUCAAGAUUCAAAAACCCUGUACAAGCUAGUUCAGGAUUACGAUGUAUUAGACAAGCUGAAGACCCGUGAACUGAAAGACGGCGGUGGCAGCUCGUUACGGCAAGAGACCUUUGAUUAUGAUAACAUGGGUCGACUAUUCGAUUACCAGUGCAAGGGCAGUCAACUUCCUGUCGAUGAGCGCGGGCGUCAGCUGCAGGGUCAGACCUACUCCUUUACUGCCACAGGCGGUAUAGCAACGGUUACUACGAAGUACCAAGAUGGUAGCCAAAACAUUGCUGUCUACACAUACAGCGAUAGAGACCCUGACCAACUCGUUCAUAUUACCAACACCCACGCCGCUGAGCCUAGAGAGAUCACUCUCGAGUACGACGAGAAUGGCUGCUUAACUCGAGAUGAGCAAGGCCGAAUACUAGAAUACAAUUCUAUAGGUAGCCUCACAGCAGUCAAGAGUUCGGACGGAUCCACAGUUCUCAGUCGGUACCACUACGAUGCCCGGGCCAGAUUGGUCUGCCAGGAGGUGCCUGGCAAGCCGGACUACCAUCUCUAUUAUCGAGAUAGUAGCCUCAUUGCUGCUACCAGCGGUGAUGCUCAGCUCAACUAUGUAUCUGAUGGAGUCUCUUACUGGGGUCAAAUCCUCCAGGAGAAUGGACAAACAGCAACUUCAUUGUGGGCUUCCGACGCACAUCAGUCGACCAUCGCAUGGCUCGACACCAAACAGUCCAACCAGGUUCACACUCAGUGGUAUACGCCUUACGGCUUCAGCGCGGCCGGAUCAGCCAUCGCUUGGAACGGCCAGUGGAGAGAUCCUGUCACAGGCUGGUAUCAUCUUGGCAACGGAUACCGCGUUUAUAACCCGGUGUUGAUGCGUUUCCAUGCUCCUGAUACCUGGAGCCCCUUUACUUCCGGAGAGAUUAACCCCUACGCCUACUGCCUCUGCGAUCCCAUCAACCGGGUGGACCCGACUGGCCACUCGAGUGAUUCUUCCGGAAAUGCCAAGAAGAGAAGUAUAGCUCAGUUGAUUGUCGGCCUAGUUGUUAGUAUCUUGGCAGCCAUCUUCACAGAGGGUGCAUCCUUGGCGGUGGAGGUUGGAGUUCUCGUGGGCACCGGCAUCGCCUCCGACGUGGCAACCGGCCUCAUAUACGACGCCGCUUCGGGAACUGCACCGACUUGGGGGAGCGUAGGGGACGAUGCUCUCUCCAGCGCCAUCAGCAACAUUGUUGGGCUCGGUGUAACCAAGGGGGCAGGGAAGCUCUUCAAGUCAAUUGGGGAGACGAUAGAUCAGCUCCUAGAGGGCGCUGCCAAGAUCCAACACGCCGGAGGAGCGAGGACUCUUCCUAAAUGGCUGUCAUUUGAAACAAGGGGAGAAAAUUUAAGUGAGAAAGGCAAGGCUAUACGAAACGCUCGAAAAGAAGCCAUCGACAAACGGCUGAACGACCUCGCAAAGCAACCGGAAUGGAAAUGGGUGGAUUCAGGACUUAAGAAAAGCAAUAUACAUUUAGUUAGGACCGACAACACAGCCUGGAACAAAUAUCACAAUUUCCGAAGAUUGAUUACAGAGGACAGGCUUCAUCCAAAGACCGCCGCUGAGCACCUUGGCGGGUCGGAUUAUGAGCCGAUUACCCCAAAGCCAACACACACGAUCAGGCUAUCACAGGGACAUCGGCUUUAUUUUCUUCUGGAUCAAAAGAACCGUAUGGUUACAAUUAAUGAGAUCGGAGGGCAUCGGUAG